ACCUGGUUUGGUCUACACAUCUGGCGCACCUAUGGCGAUAAACAGCUGAGGCCACCUGUUAAUUAAUUAUCAGCAGAAGAUCUCGUGCCCUAUGUUGACUAAGAGAGACUCGUUGAAGUGUGCAGAUGUACGUGUCCGUUGAUUGGAGACUAUUCGAUGUAAGGCAGGGACAUAGUGGACGGACAAUUAACCAUAUAUUACACAAGAACGCGAAUUGGACGCGCACCUGUACAAGGUGUGUAUGGGGCGCAGAUGCUGAGGCCUUACACAAGACAGAGCUAAGAAGAACAGAGAUGGCUUCUAAUUAUAGCUCCGUCAUAUCUGGCAAAGACAAGAAAAGCACUUCUGUAUCCACAAGCUGUGACUCUCAUUCCAGUCGCCAGGAACAAAUGAAACAGUUCUUCCAGGAACGUCAGAUGGAUAAUAAUGAGAGUAAACAGACGACGCCAGCAUCUUGUGUUAAAGCUCAGUCCUCCACGAAUCCGCCUCCCAACUCAUCCGGGCAGGUAAAGAAAGUGCAGAACAUGAUGACAGAACUGGAACUUAUGUGACCUUCACCUCCUUCCUUGACCUUCAACUUCCUGGAAGGCAUGACCUUCACACCCUGUGACAAAAGUCAUGUCAUUCUUUUCAAUCUGCCACUGCAGUUUAAGGACAACGUCAGUUGGUUGGCCUACUCUGACUUAAAUGGAUGAAUCCUUCCUAUUCCAGAUAUCCACAUCAACAGUCAGUGUGUAACAGCGGGGCUAAUAAAUCACUGUCAUAUG